GGUCAGACCUGGUAGGAUGGUGCAGUGGGGUGGCAACUGCCUCUUAUCUUAGUAAGGCCAAAUAGAAGCUUGGAGAGUAUGCUGGUAGAAGAGGAGAAGCAAAAGGGACCUGCUGGAAGUAUCCUGUUUGUCAUCCAGGGCCCUAGGGUUGUGCUGGAGGGGGUAGGUGGAUGAAGGUGCUCAUCUGGGAGAAUGGCUGCAACAGAGUAGGCAGUAGGGUGGUGAGGAGCUAGAGGUGAGCUUGUGUGUUGUUCAGGCAUGCCCAGGCUGGGGCAUCUCUCAGAUCCCCCAGUGGAGCUAUUCUGGGUAGCAGACAGCUGAGGCAAGUGAGGAUCAAAGGCGGCUCUGGAAAGGCUUGGCUUCUCCUUCUCCCCCUUAGUCCCCUCCUGGCUGCUGGCACCUGGGCCAUGACUGUGUCUUUAAGAGGGUGGCUCCAGGGCCUCUUGUGUCUGUCCUUCCUGCCGCUGACGUCAGGGAUGGGCAGGACCGAGGAGGCGAUUUGCUUUUCUUUUCCUUGAAAGGGGAGGAGAUUGAAACUGAGUGGCCUCUCUUGAAAAGGGGAAAUUCCAGGCAUGCAGGAAGCCCUAGGGUGAAGGCGGAGGCUAACAUGGGGUUUGGAGCAACUGUAGCCAUCGGCCUCACCAUCUUUGUGCUCUCUGUUGUCACCAUCAUCGUCUGCUUCACCUGCUCCUGCUGCUGUUUGUACAAGAUGUGCCGCCGACCACGUCCCGUUGUGACCACCACCACUGCCACCACUGUGGUGCAUGCACCUUACCCUCAGCCUCCAAGUGUGCCCCCCAGCUAUCCUGGACCAACAUACCAGGGCUACCAUCCCAUGCCCCCGCAGCCAGGGAUGCCAGCAGCACCCUACCCGACACAGUACCCACCACCCUAUCCAGCCCAGCCCAUGGGCCCACCAGCCUACCAUGAGACCUUCGCUGGAGGUGCAGCCAUGCCAUACCCUGCCAGCCAGCCUCCUUAUAACCCAGCCUACAUGGAUCCCCCAAAGGCAGCCCCCUGAGUUUGCCUCUCUAGCUGCCACUUGAUUAUGUUGUGUGUGAGUGGUGUGCAGGCACAGUUCUUUACUGCCCUGUGUGUGGUGUGUGUGUCCUGUCUAGGCACGUGGCUUCCUCUGAUACUGACCAGGUAGGGAACAAUCCUUGCCAGAGUAGGCUGGGACCAAAUUUUUGCUUCCUCACUUGAAAUCAUGCUUCCUGAAACCUCAAGCAUAUUCAAAGAAUGGGUCUUUUCCAACUCACUCCAGGGUUACCAGGUUCAGUCUGUCACAUUAGAAUUGAAAUUUUUAUGGGCACCAUGGGCCAUGUAUUCUGGUUUUAGGAAUGGCCAGUUGCUGCUCAAAAUCCUGGCUUUUUCCUAGGGUUUGGGUUACCCUUUGCAGAGCCUGUGCUGUGAAGCAGGCAAGUAGACAAAGUAUGGGAUUUGGCUGAAGCUCAGUGCUUUGGGUAGGUGUCCCUGGAGUGGGUGCCAUACUCAGUGGAGGUUGGUCGGCUCCUGAUGUCAACACACCCCAAGCACAGUCCCAUCUACCUGACAGCCCUCUAUCUGGACUGUCCUUCCAUCCUUCCUGCAGGGCCAGAUGCACUCAUGAUUCCUACCACCAAUGGGGAAGCUGUCCCCCUUGCUGCCCAGCCUCUGCCACAGGUGGGCAAGGGGGCCUGUCCACCAACACACUCAGGUAUCCUUCCUGCAGUGUUUUUUACUUUUAGCCAAAUGUUUUGCCUGUUUUCUGUUUUAAGAUGUGUGAUAGUUGAUGUGAAGCUGAAAUGUAUGGAGAGAAAUUGAUCCACAACCUAACCUCUGAUACUCUGUUUCCCCUGGUCCUAGCCUGAUAGGAAUAUCCAACUCAUAUACCCCAAUCUAUAGUUGUCCUGGCAGUAGGGACACCAGGGCCAAGGGACCAUCUGGACCAAAGGUGAGGGUUGGGGGCUUGGGUGGCAGCUCUGACCCAGAUACAAAUACCUCGGUGUACCCUGCCCCUGUUAAUGUUUGACCAGGUCUGUUUUAGCUUUCAAUCUGUUAAUGUGUUUCUAAGAGUCUAGAG